CUGAACAACGCCGUGCGGCUCCGGAUCCAGAACUGCCUCCUGCUGCCUGGAGGGGUCCACCUCUGCGAGGUGCAGAACCACCUCGUCCUCCUGAUCGUCACCAACCAGACCGUGCACAGGCUGGUGUUGCCCCACCCUGCCCGCAUGUACAGGAGUGAGCUGAUCACAGAGAGCCAGAUGCAGUCUGUAUUUACGGAUAUUGGGAAGGUUAACUUUAGGGACCCGUCAAGCUACCACAUGAUCCCCAACAUCCCUGGACUGGCAUCUAAUUCCACGGCCUCAGCUGCUUGGCUUAGCAGUGAUGGGGAGGCUCUCUUUGCUCUGCCCUCUGCUUCAGGAGGAAUUUUUAUCCUUAGAUUGCCACCUCAUGAUGUGCAUGGAAUGGUUUCUGUUGUGGAGCUGAAGCAGAGCUCAGUGAUGCAGCGUUUGCUGACAGGCUGGAUGCCAACUGCUAUCAGAGGUGGCUGUGGCCCUUCGGACCUUCCCAUCAGCCUGUCUGUUCACUGCCUUGAACAUGAUGCCUUUCUCUUCGCUCUCUGCCAGGAUCAUAAGCUGAGGAUGUGGUCUUAUAAGGACCAAACGUGCCUUAUGGUAGCAGAUCUUCUGGAGUUCAUGCCUGUCAAUAAGGAUGUGAGGCUUGCUGCUGGAACUGGACACCGGCUACGGCUGGCCUUCUCCCAGUCACUUGGGCUUUAUCUCGGCGUGUACAUGCACGCGCCAAAGCGAGGACAGUUCUGUGUCUUCCAGUUGGUGAGCACGGAGAGCAACCGCUAUAGUCUUGACCACAUAUCAUCACUAUUUGCCUCACAGGAGACGCUGGUUGAUUUUACCCUAACAUCGGCUGAAAUCUGGGCCUUGUGGCAUGAUGAGGAGAAUCAGACCAUUGUGAAAUACAUUAAUUUUGAGCAAAAUGUUGCAGGCCAGUGGAACCAAGUUUAUACGCAGCCCUUACCUGAAGAAGAAGUGACCAUUCGAGAUGACCAGGACCCAAGGGAAACAUAUUUGGAAUAUCUCUUCAUGCCUGGUCGGUUCACAAAUGCUGCUGUACUUAAAGCUUUGCAGAUAUUUUCUCGAGGAACUGAGAGAAUCUUGGAUCUCUCCUGGGAUGAACUGAGAAAAGAGGUUACGUUAGCUGUUGAAAAUGAGCUCCAAGGAAGUGUGACAGAGUAUGAGUUCUCACAGGAAGAGUUUCGACAGUUACAAGUUGAGUUCUGGUCCAAGUUCUAUGCCUGUUGUCUUCAGUACCAAGAAGCACUCUCACGCCCUCUUGCUCUGCACCUGAAUCCAUAUACUAACAUGGUGUGCCUGCUAAAAAAGGGUUUCCUGUCUUUUCUUGUACCCUGUUGCCUGGUGGAUCACCUGUAUCUCUUGCCUGAAGAGCACCUGUUGACUGAGGAUGAGAGUGCUAUUUUUGAUGAUUUGGAGGUCUCUCGUGAUGUCGUCUGUCUUGUCCAGUGCCUUCGACUGAUUGGAGAGUCCAUUUCCAUGGAAAUGGCAUUGGUCAUGGAAAUGGCCUGCUCCCGUCUUCAGCCUCCAGAAAAGGCUGCAGAACAAAUCCUGGAAGACUUGAUAGCCAGUGACAUAGAGAAUGUGAUGGAAGACAUUCAUAGCAAAUUGCAGGAAAUCAGAAACCCGAUCCAAGCCAUUGGGAUGCUCAUCCGGGAGAUGGACUAUGAGACAGAGAUAGAAAUGGAAAGAGUUCAACCGCUAAAUGUGAGAAUGAACCUCUCCCAGCUCUAUGGCAGUGGCACUGCAGUGAAUGUGGUAUGCCAAGGAGUGUGCAAGAUCUCUGCAAUCCGCUUCCUUAUCUGCCGGGACCUGUUGAUUUUACAGCAGCUGCUUCUGAGGCUAGGAGAUGCUAUGAUAUUGGGCGGGGGACAGCUGUUCCAGUCACAGCAGGACCUGUUGCAUCGCACGUCUCCUCUGCUGCUGUCUUACUACGUGAUUAGAUGGGCGAGUCAGUGUUUGGCAUCAGAUGUUCCUGUUGACACGCUGGAAUCCAAUCUGCAACAUUUAUCUGUUCUGGAGCUAACAGACACCACUUCCCUCACACCACAUAAGCUAGUGUCCAGCCCUCAAACAGUUGUGGAGUUGUUCUUUCAGGAAGUGGCAAGAAAACUCAUAAUUUCUCACUUCUUCUCUCAACCCAAUGCCUCUUUGACAGAAACCAGUUUGAAUUGGCCUCAUCUGAUUACUACAGUUAUCGCUGAUCUCCUGCCACUUCUGUGGCCCAGCAAUCCUGGGUUUCUCUUCCCAGAAUGUUUAAUGGGGAGCUGUCAGUAUACCCAGCUGCAGGAAUACAUUCGUCUGCUGCAACCCUGGUGUCAUGUGAACGUUGGUUCCUGUCGCUUCAUGAUGGGAAGGUGCUACCUUGUUAUGGGAGAGGGACACAAGGCUCUGGACUGCUUCUGUCAAGCUGCAUCUGAAGUUGGAAGAGAGGAGUUCUUGGACAGGCUGAUCCAAGCAGAGGAUGGUGAAAUGGCUUCCACUCCACGUCUGCAGUAUUAUGAUAAGGUUCUGCGGUUGCUGGACAUUGUUGGUCUACCUGAGCUGGUCAUACAGCUGGCCACUUUAGCAAUAACAGAAGCAGCUGAUGAUUGGAGAAGCCAGGCUACUUUGAGGACUUGCAUAUUCAAACAUCACCUAGAUUUAGGACAUAAUAGCCAAGCAUAUGAAGCUUUAACUCAGAAUCCAGAUUCCAGCAGGCAGCUGGAUUGUCUGCGCCAGUUAGUGGUUGUUCUCUGUGAGCGCUCUCAGCUGCAAGACCUGGUGGAGUUCCCCUAUGUGAGCCUCCAUAAUGAGGUAGUGGGCAUAAUUGAGUCUCGUGCUCGAGCAGUGGACCUGAUGACUCACAAUUAUUAUGAGCUGCUGUAUGCUUUCCAUAUCUACCGCCACAACUAUCGGAAGGCUGGGACAGUGAUGUUUGAAUAUGGUAUGCGUCUCGGCAGGGAGGUGCGGACACUUCGGGGGCUCCAGAAACAAGUAAACUGUUACCUUGCUGCCCUUAACUGCUUACGGCUGAUCCGACCAGAAUACGCUUGGAUAGUGCAACCCACCUCUGGUGCUGUGUAUGAACGACCAGGAGCAUCCCCCAAAAGAAGCCAUGAUGGAGAGUGUGCAGCUGUUCCAACAACUCACCAGAUAGAGAUCCUGGAGCUGGAGGAUUUGGAGAGAGAAUGUAUGUUGGCUCGUAUCCGUCUGACUCUGGCACAGCAUGACCCAUCAACAGCUGCUGUAGUAGGAAGUUCUCCAUCAGAGGAAAUGGUUGCUCUCCUGGUUCAAGCUGGCCUCUUUGACACUGCUAUUUCUCUCUGUCAAACCUUUAAGCUCCCCCUGACUCCUGUUUUUGAAGGACUCUCUUUCAAGUGCAUCAAACUACAGUUGGGGGGAGAAGCAGUGCAGGCAGAGGCCUGGGAUUGGCUGGCUGCAAACCAGCUUACCUCUCUGGUGACCACGAAGGAGUCCAGUGCGACUGAUGAAGCAUGGCGGUUGUUGUCAUCCUACCUGGACAGGUACAAGUCCCAGAACCACCUAUAUUAUCACUGUGUAAUCAACAAACUCCUAUCCCACGGAGUACCAUUGCCUACUUGGCUGAUCAACAGUUACAAGAAGGUGGAUGCUGCUGAACUGCUUCGUCUGUACUUGAAUUAUGAUCUUCUGGAGGAUGCAGUGGAUUUGGUGCUGGAAUACGUGGACUCCGUCUUGGGAAAGGGCCAUGAGUAUUUUGGAAUUGAGUUUCCUCUGUCAGCCACAGCACCAAUGGUAUGGCUCCCGUAUUCUGCUGUUGACCAGCUGCUGCAGACCUUGGCAGAAAACACAACAAAUCAUUGCAACAUAAUGUUAUACCAGAAAGUACACGACAAACUGGAGGAUUACCACCAGAAGGUUGAAGUUGCAACCCGAGACCUCUUGUACCGUCUAAACUAGCAGCAAUCUCAUCUGUAUGGCCUUUGUACCCACCUGGUGCCUGAUGGGGCAUGAGACCAAGCCCCCAAGAAAUGUUGCCCUAAAGGCUGGUCUGCAGUGGCUAUCUGUCAUGUGUGAGACCUGAUUCUGCAUGGCCCUCUUCCUAGGAGCAGGACAGUUGCAAUCACCCUCUUCCCUGUCCAUGGCUGGUGGUGCUAUUAAAGUCUAUUUUUCCAAAACAGUACAUGCUUCAGAGGUCUGGAACAGUUUUACUUUUAAUGUGUCAAAUGCAUUCUGGAUCCCUUUGUAAUUGGUUUUCAGUGAAGAAGAGGAAGAAAGUCGAUUUUAUGAUGAUCUCACACUCUUCUUUGUAGUAGUGUACAUUGGCUAGGAAGAUCCUUGUAUUAUACACAGAAAAUAGAGGCUUUUUGUCGUGUCUUUUAUUUAUUGUGGCAUUUUUGGAUGAUCUUUAAUAAAAAAAAAAAGAAAAAAUUACAAGCCCAGGUACAAAUUUGUGUUGAGUGA